UUCAGACCGACUUUUGUCAGUAUCCUAAAUGGGCUCCGAAAGGGAAAACGAGCCGCCGCAGACGCCGAAUUGGCCUCUUGCACAUGCGUACGACCCGAAACGGGCCAGCGCGUAACCGGAGCGCGGCGCAUGCGCACGGCUCGGUCGCUGCGGCUGGCCGUGGGUGGCAAGUAGAGUAUGUCUGCCCCGUUUGAGGAACGCAGUGGGGUGGUCCCGUGCGGGACGCCGUGGGGCCAGUGGUACCAGACCCUGGAGGAGGUGUUCAUUGAAGUUCAGGUGCCCCCCGGUACGCGCGCGCAGGACAUCCAGUGCGGCCUGCAGAGCCGCCACGUGGCUCUGGCCGUGGGUGGCCGCGAGAUCCUCAAGGGAAAAUUGUUUGAUUCUACAAUAGCUGAUGAGGGGACGUGGACUUUGGAGGAUAGAAAAAUGGUCCGCAUUGUUCUUACAAAGACCAAGAGAGAUGCAGCAAACUGUUGGACUUCACUUCUAGAAUCUGAAUAUGCAGCAGAUCCCUGGGUACAAGAUCAAAUGCAGAGAAAGCUUACAUUAGAGAGAUUCCAGAAAGAAAAUCCUGGUUUUGACUUCAGUGGAGCAGAAAUCUCAGGAAACUAUACAAAAGGUGGACCAGAUUUCUCAAACCUUGAGAAAUGACUGCUCUUUUUUGUUUUCUUUCUUUCUAUGGAUCGUAGCAGAUGUUGCCAACUUAAAGCAGCAGACUCCAUGAAGGAUGAAAAGUAUGGAUACCUACAGUUAAUAGAUUGCAAGUGUAUUCCAAUAUGCUUUUAAAGAUUGCAUUCAGAUAAGAUUUUCAUAGGAAGUGUGAGGACUGUCCUAUGGCUAUAUAAUAACUUUUUUUGGACUUGAUUUUGCUUGCCAUGAAAUUUUAUAUGCUACCUUUUACUAGUUUCAUAUUUAAUUGUAUUUUUACUACAAAAACCAUUGGAAUACAGAUCAUACGAAAUGAAAGGCUGCCUUCAGGGAAAAUUAAUUUUUUUUGGUAAGUGUGAUUCAGGAAUAAUGUUCAAUAAACUUUUCUAAAUAAGAAUGUGUACCCCUUUGUCUAAGUAUGCCAGUUUAUACAAGGACAGUACAAGUACUGGCAAAACUUAUAAGAAAGAAAAAUAACCCACAAAAGUAUUUUGAACAACUUAAGAGUUAAUGAAAAAUUUUAGCUAAUAUGUUACUCCUUGGUGAAUAUGUCAACUGAAAAAUAGUUAAAACUGUAACAACAGGAAUAGAUUAACACUUUGUUGUGGCAGAAAGCAAAUUUAUUUCACUGAUUGUAAGCCAGUGGUAUCAUUAAAUUUCAGUGAGUUAGGCACUAAUUUCUAAUGAAAUUUUCUUUCAUUCUUUGUCUAAUUCUUUUUUAAAAUUUUUAUUUAUUUACUUUUAUGAGUGUUAUGUCUGCAUGUGUGUAAGUGCAUCCAUGAUGUGCAUUGUCCGUGGAGGACUGAAGAGGACAUCGGAUCCCCUGGAACUGGAGUUAUGGACGGUUGUCAAGCCACCAUGUGGGUGCUGGGAUUUAAACCCAGUUCUUCUGCAAGGCAAUUAGUGCUCUUAACUGCUGAGCCAUCACUCCAGCCCCACUCUUUUAAUUCUUAAAAAAUUAAUGUGAAAUGUAUCAAAAGCUUACAAGUAAAGUAUAAUUUUUAAGAUCUUUCACUAUUUUUAAUAAAUUGAGGACAUAAUGCUCUGUCACUUCAGCAUUUACCUUUUUUUGCUUCAAAAAAGUAUAUUCUCUUAAUAACAAUGGUCCAGUCUCAAAAUCAGAAAAUUUAUGUUGACAUGUAUUACUGUUCAGCCCUCAGAGCUUACUCCAUGUUGAACUGAUAAUUGCAAUAAUGUCUUUAAAUAACAAAAUCCUAUCUAUCUGUCAGAUGACUGGAGUUUACUUCAGUCUGGAACCAAAGUUCCCAUUUUUUCCUUGACUUUUACAUCGUGGACAUUUUUUGCGAAGGGUCUUGUUAUGGUAUGGACUAGCCUCAGCCUUCCAGGUAAUUUUGACUACAGGUGUGCACUAACACACCUGGCUUGACGUUGGCAAUUUUGAAUAUUACAGAGGAUUUUGUCUAUUUUUCAAGAUCAGGUUCACAUGUACCAUUGUCAGGAAUAUUCAUUGUCAUGAAUUAAGAAUUGUAACUUUUACCCUAUUGCUGAUUGUAUCACUUAGCUCAGUGGUUAAGGUAGUUUCUGCUAGAUUUCUUCCGUGUACGAUACCCCUUUAAAUAUUUUCUGAGAAAUGUAUAUAUAAAACAAGGACUGUACAGUACUGGCAAAACUUUUAAGAAAAAUAAUCCACAAAACUAUUUUGAACAACUUGAGAGUUAAUAAAAAAUUUUAGUUAAUAUGAUACUUCUUGGCGAUUAUGUCAACUGAAAAAGUUAAAACCCCAACAACAGGAAUAGAUUAACACUUCGUUGUGACAGAAAGCAAAGUUAUUUCACUGAUUGUAAGCCAGUGGCAUCAUUAAAUUUUAGUGACUUAGGCACAUUAAAUCUUUAUGCAUGUUGAAAACCAUGAGUUCAGAAUUAAAUUGCAGUUCAAAUCCAUAUGUAUAUGGAGGGGAUUUGAGACAGGGCCUCCUUGUAGCCCCACCUGGCCUAGACUCUCUAUAGACGAGGUUGGCCUUACUUGAUCUCACAGAGAUCCACCUGCCCCUGCCUCCUGUGUGCUGGGACUAAAGGUGUGUACCACCAUGCCCCGUGAGAAAGUACCUCUUUGUUCCUAUCCAAACUUUGAGUUUAUUUACUGUUUUAUACAGACAAAAAUUGAUUAUUAAUUACUUUGAUGCUUAAAAUAGUACAUUUAUCUGGUAUAAAACUACUCCAGGAGGCUUCUUUGUCCUUUGACUCCCAUUUUUUGAGCAGUUUCUUACUGUCUGGCCAAAGGUACACCAGAAUUAUGCAGUCCCUUUUCUACUUCAACAGUCAUGCAUUUUUCUAAAGAAUCUGGGUUGUUGGGCUGAAGAGAUGGCUAAGCAGUUAUGUUUCCUCCUUUGGUAGCAGUGAGAGGCCUGAGGUUGGUUACCAUCAGUGGUCCUGACUCCCUGCUGUAGGUCAUCUCCCUACGAGUGCCUCUGUGUGAGGCUCCCUCACCCUGUGCUGAGCAGGGUGUCUUCCUUGUGCUCAAACCCCAGCACUUUAUUCGUAGCAGCUGGCCUGCUUAUGAUACCUAUUUCCUUAAUGAUUUUAAAGAUGAAUCCUUGGGGGAAGAGGCCUUUUGUUGUUCUCUUGGCUUUUUGACAUCUGAAUAAACUUACAGUGAAAAUUA